AGACACGUGACCCGUUUACCUGCGCGCACAACCUGUUGAUCUGCUGCGCCUCCGACUCCGCGCUCAAGGAAACAUUGUUUAAGCUCGUCGUUUACUUGGAAAGUCGGGUCUUUUCCACGGGUUUCUCAGAGGAAACGCUUCGAGCUACCACGCAACUGUCACGUUGUUUGUUGUUCGAAGUGUGAGUCUUUUAUUCGCCGAGUUUGUGGACUUCGAUCUCGGCCAGGCACCUGUUUCAAACAAGGAAGUCCAGGCUGGUUGAACCCGUCGUAGAUAAUAAUGUCGGCGGGGCGUCUGUACAUGGCAGUGAAUUAGGUCGGUUGUCUAUUCUGGAAGGCGAGUUUAUUCCCCAUGUUAAUCCUCUAAUUGCGUUUUGGACUGUAGCCUGCCAUCUGAACGGGAUAAAGCUGCUUCCACCCUCUCCGAGACAAGAUGAACAUUUCUUUGGGCCUCAUGGAUUCAUCAGCCGAUAAUAACUCCAUUGUUCACCUGGAUGCACCGAUCAUCCCAGACCCGUCGGACUUCUCCAAUAUGACCAUCAUUCGAACAAGCAACGGGUCCCUCAUAGAAGACCACAUGUUUUUAAACACGCUGGCGGCUCAGGCCCUCUCAGGGAUAUUUGUCUGGUCCGCCUUGCUCAUGACAUGCCACCAGAUCUAUACGCACCUUCGGUCCUACACUGUCCCCAAUGAGCAGCGCUACAUCAUCCGCAUCCUGUUUAUUGUGCCAGUUUACGCCUUUGAUUCUUGGCUCAGCCUGCUCUUCAUCAGCAACGACCAGUAUUACGUCUACUUUGAUUCUGUUCGAGACUGCUACGAAGCAUUUGUCAUUUACAAUUUCCUGAGCCUGUCCUUUGAGUAUCUGGGAGGAGAGAGUGGAAUCAUGUCGGAGAUCCGAGGGAAGACCAUACAGUCAAGUUGUAUGUACGGUACCUGCUGCCUCGCCGGAAGUAGCUACUCCAUCGGCUUCUUAAGAUUCUGCAAACAGGCGACUCUCCAGUUCUGCGUUGUCAAACCAAUCAUGGCCGUCAUCACCAUCAUCCUGCAGGCCUUUGGCAAAUAUCACGAUGGAGAUUUUAACAUCAAUGGAGGAUACCUCUACAUCUCCAUCAUCUACAACUUCUCAGUCAGCCUGGCUCUCUACGCUCUCUUCCUCUUCUUCUUCGCAACCAGUGACCUGCUGAGGCCGUUCGAACCAGUGCUGAAAUUCCUCACCAUCAAAUCUGUCAUCUUCUUAUCGUUCUGGCAAGGGAUGCUCCUCGCCAUCCUCGAACGCUGCGAGGUCAUACCCAACGCGCUCUUCAUCGACGGACAAGAGGUCGGCGCCGGCACCGUGGCAGCGGGCUGGCAGAACUUUAUCAUCUGCAUCGAAAUGUUCUUUGCUGCCAUUGCCCUCCGAUACGCCUUCACCUGCACCGUCUACCAGGCGAAGGACAACGACGUGCCAGACAACCACCCUCCUAUGCACAGCAUCUCCAGCGGUCUGAAGGAAACCAUAAACCCAGGAGACAUGGUGCAAGAUGCAAUCCACAACUUCUCCCCGGCCUACCAGCAGUACACCCAGCAGUCCACACAGGAGGUGGUCCAGCCCAGCACCAACGGAAAAGUGGCCGCGGGCCACAAGAGCUCCCGCAAGUCUGACAAAUUCAUGCUGAUCACCUCUGAUGAUGAGUUAUAGCCCUGCAAGAUCCAGAUGUUUGGGUCCUUGCCACCCAUAUCUCUGACCCCCUGGGGAAACAGCUGUAUUGCACAGAGCUGGAUUGAAUCCAGGUGUUUAAUUUCCAUUUUCCUGGUAUUUAAGAUGGACUGCUUGCUUCUGUCCUGUUUGAAUGAAUAAAUUAAGCAGCAAGAGGAGGAAGAAAUUAAUAGUAGUUUUCAAAAUGGAUAGGUCAAUGACCAGAGAACUCACCUGUCUUCAUCUCUUUAGUAAUAAUCUCAGGAAGAUGACAUGUCACCUUCACGGUAUCGGAGACAUCUGGAGCUGUGCAAUUUCUUUUAAAUCAAGCUGCUGCUGCAUGUCCAGCAGUGUCCCCUCAUCCUGAUAAGGUUUCCUUCUCUGUGUCGGUGCUCGUUCUCUGGCCGUCUGAAGUGCGUUCCCUCUGAUUCAUGUCAAGUUUCAAAGAGGACAUUAUGAAUAUGUGACUCCAGGAGGGAAGCGGGGAAGCCAGCGAUGGCUGGGGAUGACACUUUAUGGACCGUCUCUCGCAUCUCCUUGUUUGAAGUAUGUGCUGAGCUUUCCUCGGCAUGGUUUCCUGACAAAUGGAACGAUUUGUUUCAGAGACGCAUUUGUUUUGGAGCAGGCUCUUCAAACUGCAGACUGUACCACUUCGCAAUCCUUUUGUAUUUACCGUAGCGUGGACAAAUUGGAUAAACCUGUCUCCUCCAAAGUGGGAGUUCUAGUCUUCUCAUUAAUUUUCCCAGCAUGCUAAAGAGUUUAAUUCAGUGCAACCAGACAGCCGCUCAAUUAGUGUCUUGUAGCUUCCACACUAUUGUAAGAGUGUUCGGCAGAACCUGUUUGAUGUGUUCACAUCACUAUUCGUGUUAUAAUUCCAUGUUCCAGGGAUUAUGAAACAUACACCGCAUUUGAUUGGGGUAAAUUGUGGUAAAUCGUAUGUUCUGUUUAUUAAAAAAAAAGAUAACUCGGUUUUGGAUUUUAAAUUUUGACAAUUUGAAUGUUAUUAAUGUGUUUUUUUGUUUUGUUUGGGCGUGCGUAUUCAGACGAAACCAAAUAUUCUGUGUGGAGGAAAAGUAGCUCAACAAAUGUGUGUGUGUGGGUUGAGAGACUUUGUGGUUUCUUCUCCUGCUUAUAUUUUCUUUAGAAAUGCUAUCUGUGUUCAUAUGAGGCGUAAAGCUUUCCUAGUACAUUAUUGGAAACAACUUUUUGUUUAUAAAGUCAUAGGUUGUUUGCAUUUUCAUACCUUCUUGUGCCAAUUAUAGCUGUCUUUCUGGGAAAGCAGAAAUCAAUUGAGUUGGGUACAAACGUAUCAUUUACUUUUGUGUCUUAGUCCUAUUUUUGUUUGUAACUUGAACUUGUGAAUCUGUACUUCUAAAUGAGAUAAAAAGCUUUAUUUGAAUGUACAAAAAACCC